AUGGCUCCUCAAAAAAGUCUCGGAGCACUAUCCAACGACAUCACGCUUGGCGUCUACAUUUUUAUACUGACUUUUCAAGGUCUAUGCGCUGCAAUGAAUGGGUACAUACUGUACUUGUUUGCCAGCCGGAAAGAUCUGCGAAAAAACAAGCAUAUGCGAUUGAUAAUAUUCCUCUCGCUUGGUGACUUCUUGCUGGCUAUCGGUGAAUUACCAUAUAUAAUUUAUAUGACCGUAAACUGGAGUGUCACCCUACUGGAUUACAAUCCAAUGUACAUUAUGGUCACAGCUCAGCCUCUCCCAUUGCAGCUGAAAAUUUCAGCAACCAUUACCGUGGGAAUCGCUUUGGGAAGGAACAUUGCCCUAUUCUUCCCUUCCCUUUAUCGUCGUUUGGAUCAAGGCGAUUUUUCUAACGCCGUCAUUCUUAUUGCAGUUCUUUUGGCGUUAUUUGAUGACUUUUUGUACUGGUACACAACCACCAUAGAGCAUCAUUUGAACUGUGGAACAAUUGGAUGCUUUGUGAGCGAUCAGUUUCGCUACUACUGGGGAAUUUCAAAUAUGGUAGGUUAUUCUGAGCGGCAGAUGGUUUUAAACGAAUUUUGA